GCACAAACUUUAUUCUUGGCAAACUUCUUUUCCUUUUCUUCCCCUCCUCCUCCGCCCCCACCUUCUCCUCCGGCAGAUUAAAUUCGCCUGGAGAAGGAAAACCGAAGCGAAAGGGAAGGAAACAAGAAGCUCUAAAACGGACAUCUCCAACCCUGGUGGCUUUUUUUUUUUUUUUUUUUUUUUUUUUUGCUCUCCAGGAAGUGGACAUUCAUUAUCUUCUGAUUCUCCUUGCACCGUCUCUACUGGGGCAAACGGAGCCGUUUUGCCCGAGUCCCUUAUUUUUCCGGGAAACAAACUCCCAGAUCGGCCUCCGGGGGAGCUGAGGUGGAGAGAUUUGCGUAGAGACGCGCCGGCGGACCCUCCUCUGCACUCCGGAGACUCGAACCUCCUACGACCCGGGAGACGCUGGGGGCGUCGGGUGGCCGCCCGGGCAGUCUAGCCUAGCGUGCGCCACGCUGCACGGCGCAGACGCCCCCAGAGGCGCCGGCAGCGGCGGCCCUCGCAGUCCUGUGUCCUUCGGCCUCGCGGACGGGUGCCGGCGUGGGUCUCGGCCGAGUGGGAAGACGCGGGCGGCCGCCGGGACGCGGACACCUCUGCAGUUGCUCAGGCUGCCGGCCGCCAGCCCUGCGCUCGCCAGCCCGGCUUCCGCCUGCUGUCGUCCCUCACACACCCUUCCAAUUCUCCUUUUCCUCCCCCACCUUUCCUUUACCCUUUCUCUCUUCUGCUGUCGCCUGGGGUGCUCCCCCAGCGGAGCGGAGAUUACAGAGUGGUCGGGAUGCCCCAACUCUCCGGGGCAGGCGGCGGCGGGGGGGACCCGGAACUCUGCGCCACGGACGAGAUGAUCCCCUUCAAGGACGAGGGCGAUCCCCAGAAAGAGAAGAUUUUCGCUGAGAUCAGUCACCCUGAAGAGGAAGGUGACUUAGCCGACAUCAAGUCCUCCUUGGUUAACGAGUCCGAAAUCAUCCCGGCGAGCAACGGACACGAGGUGGCCAGACAAGCACAGAGCUCUCAGGAGUCCUACCAUGACAAGGCCAGAGAACACCCUGAUGACGGAAAGCAUCCAGAUGGAGGCCUCUACAACAAGGGGCCCUCUUACUCGAGCUAUUCCGGAUACAUAAUGAUGCCAAAUAUGAAUAAUGACCCAUACAUGUCAAAUGGAUCUCUUUCUCCACCCAUCCCGAGAACAUCAAAUAAAGUGCCCGUGGUGCAGCCGUCCCAUGCAGUCCAUCCUCUCACUCCCCUCAUCACUUACAGCGACGAGCACUUUUCUCCAGGAUCACACCCAUCACACAUCCCAUCAGAUGUCAACUCCAAACAAGGCAUGUCCAGACACCCUCCAGCUCCUGAGAUCCCUACUUUUUAUCCCCUGUCUCCGGGUGGUGUUGGACAGAUUACCCCACCUCUUGGCUGGCAAGGUCAGCCUGUAUAUCCCAUCACGGGAGGAUUCAGGCAACCCUACCCAUCCUCACUGUCAGUCGACACUUCCAUGUCCAGGUUUUCUCAUCAUAUGAUUCCUGGUCCUCCUGGUCCCCACACAACUGGCAUCCCUCAUCCAGCUAUUGUAACGCCUCAGGUCAAACAAGAACACCCCCACACUGACAGCGACCUAAUGCACGUGAAGCCUCAGCAUGAACAGAGAAAGGAGCAAGAGCCAAAAAGACCUCACAUUAAGAAGCCUCUGAAUGCUUUUAUGUUAUACAUGAAAGAAAUGAGAGCGAACGUCGUAGCUGAGUGUACUCUAAAGGAAAGUGCAGCUAUCAACCAGAUUCUAGGCAGAAGGUGGCAUGCCCUCUCCCGUGAAGAACAGGCUAAAUAUUAUGAAUUAGCACGGAAGGAAAGACAGCUACAUAUGCAGCUCUAUCCAGGCUGGUCUGCAAGAGACAAUUAUGGUAAGAAAAAGAAGAGGAAGAGAGAGAAACUACAGGAAUCUACAUCAGGUACAGGUCCAAGAAUGACAGCUGCCUACAUCUGAAACAUGGUGGAAAACGGAGCUCAUUCCCCACGUGCAAAGCCAAGGCAGCGACCCCGGGACCUCUUCUGGAGAUGGAAGCUUGCUGAAAACCCGGCCCAUCUCCAUGGCUUGCCCAGUGGACCCCAAGGGAGACUACCAGCUUCACCCUGAGGUCACUGCUAGAAAGGCUGAUCCAUAAAGACAAUCACUGCCAAACCCCCUUUCAUCUCCUGCAAGAGCCAAGUUCCACAAUAAAGCAUAAAAGGUUUCUCGAAAGAAAAAAAGCACAUGAGAAUGCUAGCAGGCCCCGGGUCAGCUGAGCAGCUUUCCUUCCCUGUCUCUGCCGUGCACUUCCCAGAGCAUCCUGCAUCCACACCUGUGACCUUCUGGCAAGGACAGUCACUGGCUACUUCUGUCUGCCCCGAGCACCUGGCGUGGCAGCAGCGCAGCCCUCAGCGUCCUGGCGGGGAACUUGUGGAAGAGUCCCCUCCGUUUCUGUCUGCAUUUCUCUUUCUCAAGCUUUUAUUUAACAGUGCAAAAGGAUCAAUCUUCUGUUUGCUUUUUUUUUAAACUUGAAAUUUUUUUAAUUUACACUUUUUAGUUUUAAUUUUCUUGUAUAUUUUGUUAGCUAUGAGCUUUUUAAGUCAAAUUCAAAGAUUGGAAAAGUUUGAAAUAAAAACAAAAUGAAGCCUUUUGAGCGAUACCUUGUCGGCUAAGUGGCUUCUCCAAGAAUUACCUGUAACAAAUAGUGGCCUCUGUUUUUGUAAGGUGUCUGAUAGAACUAAAUAAACAUAACAGCCAGUCCACUCUGUGGGUGGCAGUUGGCAGUCCUCUUUCAUUGUAUUUUUUUUAUGAUUUUUUUUUAAUGGUAAACCUUAACAGAUACUUUAAGCAGACCAGUUUGCAGUGAAUUUUCAUUUCUUUCCUUCUCACCCUCUUGUAAAAAGCCCAGCACUUGAAUUGUUAUUACUUUAAAUGUUCUGUAUUUGUAUGUUUUUAUUAGCCAAUUAGUGGGAUUUUAUGCCAGUUGUUAAAAAUGAGCAUUGAUGUACCUUUUUUUUUUUUUUUAAUAGCAAGGCACAGCCUUUGCCCCAAACUGUCAUCUAACGAUUGUCAUUCCAGUUUGAGUUAACGUGCUGAGCAUUUUUUAAAAGAAGCUUUGUAAUAAAACAUUUAAAAACAA